AUGGCACCUUCACAGCAGCAGCUCUUCGCCAUGGCCUGUAUCUGCAGAGAGAAAAGGGUGCUGGGUGAUGACCAUCUUGAUACCUUGGACACACACAUUGAUCUGGCGAAUGUUGUAUAUGGCGAACGAGGGCGCUACAACAAGGUGGAGCAUUGCGUCCAAGUUAUAGCGGGGUUGGGAAAGGCACUUGGUGAUAUUCAUACUCGUACUGUGGAAAUGCAAGAAUAUCUUGCGGGCCUGAAAAAGUUCAAAAAGGAAUGA